UAUCCGGCUUCAUGCAGUCUGGAAACAAGUGUUCCUCGCCCAAGCGUUGAACGCUUGCAUCAUGCUGCGUGGCGUCUACAGCGAAAAAAAACGAGUGCCCGGUCUCUACGGAUAAUUUUCGGCCUACGAUGAGCUCUCGGACUCGUGAGCUCGGGCCACUCUGGAUAUUCUGUUCCACACGCUUCAUGGUCUCGGCAUAUUCGUUCGCCAUACGCUGAAUCGAAAUGCUCUUGAUGAUCUCCCGCGACGUUCUGGAUAUCAUCGGAUCCCCGGACUGUGAGGCUUUCCUCCUGGCGAAACCGACGUACGACGGUCGGAAUCUCUCCGUGGACACUAUAGACAAGAAGCCCAGACAGAAGGACCCGUCUUCGUUCGUGGGUGUCGAAAGCUACAGAGCAGAACGAUACAAAUCCUACGACUUCACGAUCGAUUCGCGCACUCUCGAAGUGAGGAAGUUCUCGAGGUCGUUCCCUUGCGAUCAGCUGUUCAUCGUCGAGGACGGCACUCUUUUCGAGCAGCUUGUCGGCCAACCGGAACCCCCGUCUGGCACCCAAGGCUUUCCCGAGCCGGAACCGGGGCCCGUAGGCAGAGGAACCGCUACAUACUUGGAACAUCAUUCAGCUCUAGUGAAAUUAUCUUUGAUUUUGAAAAGACUGACGUUCACGAAGAGUUUAUUGCUGGUUCUCCUACUGGACACAUUGUUGGGGGCGUGUUUCGGUCAUAACGUUUGCGAAUGGUGGCCGACAGCCGUUGAAGAAGCGGUUCCAAAAGCACGCACAAUUGUCGAAUGGCUUCGCAAAGGGACGCCGUUGGGUCUGAAAUUGAAUCCACAAGUGAACCACGCUCUGGCGAAUUUCUUCACUAUCCACGUAAAUAUGUGGGACGUCUACGUCGAGGUGAUGUUGCCGUCUUUGCGCACGCUGACGAACGCUGUCACACGAGUCGGCUUCGUUCCGCUGACGGUCCAAUGUGCGCUGGUCUGCGACAUCAUAACGCUAUCGACGGUUCACGUCUACUGUUUCUACGGUUACAUGUGUAAAAUUUACGCGCUGUGGUUGAGCGCUCUAUUCGCACUCCUGAGAAUUUUCCGCGGUCUGAAAUUCAAUCCCCUGCGGCAGAGGGUCGAUACUCUGACAGACUCUGAUCCUGUGAUUUUGGGACCGAUCAUCCUGACGAUCGUUGUUUUCCUUCUACCCACCCUAUUUAUUUAUUACGUCAUGUUCUCCCUUAUGAGGUGCUGCGUGCUCCUGGUCAACUUCACUCUGGGUACGCUGAUGCACGAUCUUUUCGUGACGACUUUCAACGUUGUCACGACUCUAUCACUCGAGCGGGACCUGGAUAUUCGCCGUACGGAAAUAACGAGGGUGAACGAGUUCGCCUUGAAAGCCAGACCCAGUUACUCCCGAGGAACCCGCAAAGCCUUAGCCCGCGGCGUCACGAGGGUCUUCCGAUUUAGAGAGCUUCUAUCUUUCCUACGGGAUCUGUGCGCGGGAAGAAUAGUAUAUCCACUUUGA